GACCCAGACGCAGCUUGAUUCAGUGAACAAACCUGCUUCAGCAUGACCCAGCCUUCCCAAAGUAGAUCUAAUUUACAGACUAACCACAUUGACUGUUAACUAGCAUUUUGACUUUCGAACUUAUUAAAAUAAAUCUUAACAUGAAAUGCAACUGUGAUAGUGAGCAAUAUCAGAGGAUCCCAAACGUAGCUAAUUCCUUUCGGGAAAACGGUGUUAACUCACUUUCUCUAAAAUCUGAACGCUUAACCGUUGCUAAGCAACAUGAAAAGCAGUUGGCGGCGGUCGAUAGAACCUUAGCCACCUUAGCAAACUGCUAAACCGUAGUGUUGUUGUUGAUGAGAUUUAUUUUGCACGCAACGUUUCCAGACUGAAUGCCAAGCAUAUACUGCACAUUAUUUACAGAAUUAAACAAUAACCCACCACGCUAAAUGCUUUUAAUUAACGUUACCAAGGCCAAGUGAAAACAUUUAAUCGACACCAAGUGGCUAGCUAGGCUAGCUAAGCUAACGUUACAGCCGUCAUCAUGAUGCCUGACAGGUUGGAAGUCACCGAAAUAGACAACUUAAUUUGAAGCAAGGUGACAGGUGAUCUCUCUAGCCUACUACUGGCUACUACCCUUCAGCUGGAGUUGUGGUGUCCAAGCUGAGCAAAAUUUCCUUCCAUUAUCCGCAAAUGUUUGGCAGCAGUGAUAACAUUGCAGCCCUGAAAGACUUGGAUGAAAUCCAGGUAGAUGAGGGUGUUGGCCCUGGGGAAACGCGGGUCCUGAGGACAGGAAUCCCUAGCUCCAGGGACAAUACACCUGAUCAUGCCCAGGCAUCAGACUAUAAUACUAUACUCCAUGAAAUCCAAGAGCUCAGGGAAAACAAAGGCCAACUUGAGGAAUGCUUGGAAAUCUUAAAAUCCUAUCAUCAACGAGACUACACAGUGAUUGUGGAGGCCCUACAAGAGGAGCGAUACAGGAGUGAACGUUUAGAAGAACAGCUCAAUGACUUGACAGAACUGCACCAGAAUGACAUUUUUAACUUGAAAGAGGAACUAGCCAGCAUGGAGGAGAAGACUGCUUAUCACUCUUACGACAGAGCAACAGAUAUUCAUGAGGCGCUGAAGACAUGUCAGACACGUCUGUUCAAGAUGGAGCAUCAACAGCAGGUGGUGCAGUUUGAAGGUUUGGAGAACGCCACAGCACAGACUCUUCUUGGAAAACUAAUCAAUGUGCUGCUGGCUGUUAUGGCAGUCAUUUUAGUGUUUGUGUCCACAGUGGCUAACUGUGUCAUCCCUUUAAUGAAAACAUACAGCCGCAUGCUUUCUACAAUGUUUUUUGUAGUCCUCUUCUCCUUCCUCUGGAGGCACUGGGAUGCCAUUUCAGAAUAUCCUAAUCACUUUUUUUGCUCUUGUCUUGAAAAAAACAAUCAAUAAAACUGAACU